CGCUAAUUAGAGCACGCAGGUGAACCAGCUGCCAUUUAAAGCGAGAGAAAGGGAAGGUAGUGAAUCUCCUCAGGUAUCAGCUACAGCUUUUAUUUUCUUGGGAAUCACUGUAGAAAAAUGGUUUCUCAGUUGGAAAAUGCAAUGGACAGCCUUAUCAAAGUGUUCCACACUUAUUCGUCCAAGGAAGGGGACAAAUACAAACUGAGUAAAGCUGAAAUGAAGAGUCUUCUACAGGGAGAGCUAAGUGACUUCUUGGCUGCCAGUAAAGAUCCGCUGGUUGUGGAGAAGAUAAUGUCUGAUCUGGAUGAGAACCGAGAUGGGGAAGUGGACUUCCAGGAAUUUGUAGUUCUGGUGGCAGCACUUACUGUGGCAUGUAAUGAUUUCUUUGUUGAGUGUAUGAAAAACUGAUGCCUGUUCAGGCAAUCUGGACUUCCUAUUCUGCUUUAAUAAAUGUGUUGCACUGAGCACAUGAUGAUUCUUUUAUAUAAAACAAUUUGGUACUUGUUUCUUUAAAGAAUUCUUUGCUGUUGAAGGGACCUGGAUGUAAAUCCCUAGUAUGUCUUCAGGAAAGCUGCUUGGACAGCUUUUUCCACC